AUGGCUGGUAGACUUUUUGAUAGAGAUCGAGAUACGGCGAAGAAAGAAAAUGCCCCUGCAGAGUCCAAAACCGCAAAGAAAAAGAAAAAGAAGGAUAAAUCUUCCAAGGAGGUGAAGGAAUCAUAUGAUCAGACCAACAGCUCAGAUGCAACUAAUGGACCAGUGAAUGCUGCUGGGACCGAGCAAGCAGAAGAAGAUGCAUCUACGGUUGAUGUAAAAGAGCGGCUAAAGAAGAUGGCAUCUAUGAUAUAUGCUGCUGCAAAAACUGCUGCUACGGAGGCUGCUGCAAGAAGUGCAAAGCUUGCCGCGGCAAAGAAGAAAGAGAAGAACCAUUACAACCUUUUGGCUCAUUGAUCAUGUUAUAUCUUCUAUCGGACAGUUUUCCUCAUUGAGAAAUCAUUUUUUUUAUUUUUAUAAUGGUACUAAUUUCUCCAUCAUGUACCUAUUGAUCUUUAAAGUUGAUGAACGGCUCUAUGAAAAAAGGUUAUACAUUUCUUCUUGUAUUUUUUUUUCCUAAGUGGUACUCACGCACACGUCUGUUCUUUAUCGUCAACCUCUGAUCUAUUUUUGAAAAGUAA